AUGGAGGCCUGCUCUGGGUUGCAGAAGGCUGCACGCAAAUACACGGCCCAGCUGCUGGCCCCCAGCACAGCCCGAUGGCCCCUGCUCUGCAGCCGAAUGCACGGGGCCCUGAUGUUGGUCAUUUUCAAGGGUUCAGGGACGCCACUGCUAGAAAGUGCCGCCGAGCGCGCCAGUUUCGCCCUUCAUCUUACAGAAGAGGAAACAGAGGCUCAGGAAGGUUCACAUGGGCUGGAAAGCCGAGCUGGGGUUAUACAUCACCGUCCACACUGCCAGGCUAUAAACCGAAGGCGAACUCGGGCUUCUCAGCGGUCAGGCCCACAGAGUGGAGAGGAGCGUCACGCGGAGGCGCAGCACACGAUCAGAGUCCCUUUCCCUAAACGUCCUCUUCCCCAAACACCAAAUGCCAUCACACAUUUGAACGCGCACUGGAGCGCAUCAGCACACUGGUGGACUGGGGGCAUUCGCAGCCUAAGAGCGAAGGCGCAGACCACGGAGGGUGCUGAGGGUCCACCUCGCGGCCAGGGCGCGCGUGUCGUCUCCCGGGCAGCGCCGCGCUUUGUUGUCGCCGAGGCUCGGGAGGGAGGAGGAGCCCGUGGGGACGGCUGCGGGAGCCCGCUGAGCCCCGGCUCGCGGCGCGCGCCCCGACACCCACGCCCCGCACCCAGCACAGCCGGCCCGCCGCCCCAGCCCUCCCCCUGGGCGGGGACCCGCCCGCCCGCCGUCAGCCUAGCCCCGGAGACUUGGCGCUCCCCGACCUGUUGGAAGAUUUAUGUUCCGACUUGCUCCCUCCCCCUGUUCCGACUGGAAGGGGGUGGAGGGCACAACGUCCGCGAGCAAAUAAGCCACCCAAACCCCGAAGUGGCCGUUCCUGUCGGGCUCGGCCCUUUGCAACACCCGCAGCCUCAGCAGUCACUGCCGCCGCCGCAGCCGGGGGCGGCUGGGGGCUCCGGGCAGCCGAGGAAAUGUUCGUCGCGGCGGAACGCCUGGGGAAACAUGUCCUAUGCCGACCUGAUCACCCGCGCCAUCGAGAGCUCCCCGGACAAACGGCUCACUCUGUCCCAGAUCUACGAAUGGAUGGUGCGCUGCGUGCCCUACUUCAAGGAUAAGGGUGACAGCAACAGCUCUGCUGGCUGGAAGAACUCCAUUCGGCACAACCUGUCACUGCACAGUCGAUUCAUGCGGGUCCAGAAUGAGGGGACCGGCAAAAGCUCCUGGUGGAUCAUCAACCCUGACGGGGGGAAAAGUGGGAAGGCACCCAGGCGGCGGGCUGUCUCCAUGGACAACAGCAACAAGUACACCAAGAGCCGUGGUCGUGCAACCAAGAAGAAGGCUGCCCUGCAGACAGCCCCAGAGUCAGCUGACGACAGUCCCUCUCAGCUCUCCAAAUGGCCUGGCAGCCCCACAUCGCGCAGCAGUGAUGAGCUGGACGCGUGGACCGAUUUUCGCUCACGCACCAAUUCCAAUGCCAGCACGCUCAGUGGUCGCCUGUCACCCAUCCUGGCCAGCACAGAGUUGAAUGACGUCCAGGAUGACGACGCACCUCUCUCCCCCAUGCUCUACAGCAGCUCAGCCAGCCUGUCGCCCUCCGUGAGCAAGCCGUGCAACGUGGAGCUGCCACGGCUGACCGACAUGGCGGGCACCAUGAAUCUAAAUGACGGGCUGGCUGACAACCUCAUGGAUGACCUGCUGGAUAACAUCACACUCCCGUCGUCCCAGCCAUCCCCCACUGGGGGGCUUAUGCAGCGGAGCUCUAGCUUCCCAUACACCUCCAAGGGCUCUGGCCUGGGCUCUCCAACCAGCUCCUUUAAUAGCACCGUGUUUGGACCCUCAUCUCUGAACUCCCUACGCCAGUCUCCCAUGCAGACCAUCCAAGAGAACAAGCCAGCUACUUUCUCUUCCAUGUCACACUAUGGCAACCAGACACUCCAGGACCUGCUCACUUCAGACUCGCUUAGCCACAGCGAUGUCAUGAUGACCCAGUCGGACCCGUUGAUGUCUCAGGCCAGCACCGCUGUGUCUGCCCAGAACUCCCGCCGGAACGUGAUGCUUCGCAAUGACCCAAUGAUGUCCUUUGCCGCCCAGCCUAACCAAGGGAGUUUGGUCAAUCAGAACUUGCUCCACCACCAGCACCAAACCCAAGGCGCUCUCGGUGGCAGCCGUGCCUUGUCGAAUUCUGUCAGCAACAUGGGCUUGAGUGACUCCAGCAGCCUUGGGUCAGCCAAACACCACCAGCCGUCUCCUGUCAGCCAGUCUAUGCAAACCCUCUCGGACUCUCUCUCAGGCUCCUCCUUGUACUCAACUAGUGCAAAUCUUCCUGUCAUGGGCCAUGAGAAGUUCCCCAGUGACUUGGACCUGGACAUGUUCAAUGGUAGCUUGGAAUGUGACAUGGAGUCCAUCAUCCGUAGUGAACUCAUGGAUGCUGAUGGGUUGGAUUUUAACUUUGAUUCCCUCAUCUCCACACAGAACGUUGUUGGUUUGAACGUGGGGAACUUCACUGGUGCUAAGCAGGCCUCAUCUCAAAGCUGGGUGCCAGGCUGAAGGAUCACUGAGGAAAGGGGAAGUGGGCAAAGCAGACCCUCAAACUGACAUGAGAUCUACAGAGAAAACCCUUUGCCAAAUCUGCUCUCAGCAAGUGGACAGUGAUACCGUUUACAGCUUAACACCUUCGUGAACCCCGCGCCAUUUUCCUAACCCAGCAGAGACUGUUAAUGGCCCCUUACCCCGGGUGGAGCACUUACCCUCGGAACAGAACUCUAUAAAGUAUGCAAAAUCUUCCUUGUACAGGGUGAUGAGCCACCCGCCAGUGGAGGACAGCACCCGUCCGCACCACCCACCCUCGUUCAGAGCACAUUGGCGAUUCUGUGGUGUUUUAAUAUCGCGAUGGUUUAUAGGAUAUGUUAAGUGUUGUUUUUGUGUUUGUUUUCCUUUGACUUUCCAAGUUUUUCACAUGCAUUAACUUGCAGUAUUUUUCUGUUAAAAUGUUAACCGUCCUUCCCUUGGCAAAUUUUAAAAACAGUGAAAAUAUACCAGUUACCAUUCCAGCUCUGGGCAUCACAAGCUUUUGAGCCCAGGGAACUCCAUAAACUAACACAUUACAUAAACUAGAGGGGGAUUUUCUUUCUUCUUUUGUUUGGUACAAAAUUAUCCUUUUCUAAAAACCGAACAAUGGCACAAUUGUUUGCUAUGAGCACCGGUCCAGGACGAAACCAUGCAUAGGCAAAACCAGUGGAGCACAGCGUCCGACCCAGUGUGUUUUCAAUUCUGAAUCAGGGUGGUCUGUGGACAAUGCCCAGCACCUGGUCUGCAGUCACCAGAUCUGUAGGGCCUGUGGGCUCCUCCGUAUCCUCAGCUAAUGCAGUGAACAGUGUUGGUCUGUUGGUUAGAAACUUGGAUCUUUUCAGGAAAGAAAUCAGCUAGGCUAUUCACUCAUUGCCAAAUGCCACUAAAGGAUUUAGUUUUAAAGAGAAAAGGAAAAAAAAAUAGUCUUGUUUUUGUUUUGCAGGAGGAAUGAACUUACAGGUGAGCAUCAAGCUUGCAGUGAUGAAUGUGAGGAGUUCAAACCCAAGUCAGUGCUAAGGCAGUUCAACUUCACUUUUUCCUAAAUAUGCAUCCUUAAUUAUUUUCAGCCUUGCUCUGUAUAUCUGAUCUACUACUAAUAGUGUAUGAGUGAGAGGAAUAGCAUACAAACUGAUUUUUUACGUAUAUAUAUAAAUUUAGGUUGUAAUUGUACGAGUGACACCAUGGAAGUACAAGAUAGGGCAGUUUUUACUUUUUUUUUUAACUUCUAUGGAUUUCAUUUUUUAAAUUUGUUUGUUUUCAAAAAGUUAUGGUGCUGUAUAGGUGCUUUCUGUUUAACCUGGAAAGUGUGAUCAUAUUCGUUACCCUCUUUGGUAGACAGAACAGUUGGGAACAUCUUUGGUCCACGUGAAAUUGGCGUAACGAUGCUCUGAUUAGCACAGCAUAUGCAUACUUCUCCAAAGUGAUAUAUGAAGACUCUUUUUCUUUGCAUAAAAAGCAUUAGGCAUAUAAAUGUAUAAAUAUAUUUUACCAUGUACAGUACAAAAAUGGAACCUUAUGCAUGGACAUUAGGAAUCCAGGCUACUAUUUCAGCACAGGCUUCCCUGCUUAAGUUCUCACUGAUGCUUGCACUGUGGCAGUGGGCACCAACACGGAUGUGCCACCCAACCCCCGUACCCACCACCAGCCCCAAGGGGCUCCUUGUGCACCUUUGCUUUGUAACUCCUCUGCGGGUGCUACUGGUGGUGAUCACAGCUCCUAGUGUAAUGAGAGUUCCAUUUGGUAUUGUCACACGUCUCUCCUGCCUCGCUUGGGUUGUCAUGUUUGAGCGAUGGCCCUGUUGAUUUCGCCCUGCCUUUUACUGAAUCUGUAAAUUGUUGUGCAACUGUGGUUUUAGUAGACCUGUAGCGUAUUGCCUUUUCUAAACUGCUACACGUUUAUAAUCUUCAUUUUAAAAGUAUGUAUAAUUUUUAAGAAUAUGUAUUCAAUUCACGUGGUCUGCUUGUCAGUGAGUCAGACUAGCUUACUGUAUUCCUUUAUAAUAAUGCUAGCCACUUCUUUAAUUCUUUCAUAGUCUGCUACACACAAGAACUGUCCAGUAUGGAUGAAAGAGAGCUGCCUCUCUGGCUUCCUGAGUGAUGCUGCCCCGGAUGGGGAGGCAUUGCAGAGGCAGUGGAACAGGGGUGAAGAGGGGUCAGAUACAUGGGAGAAUCCAGAGUCUUCCGGUGUGAGGGCCCUGAGAAUGUCUCUCCAGAGUUCAGACAGACAAGCAAAAUGACUAACAAAAGAACUACUUGCCUUUACCAUUUAAUAGACCUUGGGAGCUGCUUUGGGAAUGAGGCAAACCCUCAAAUGUGUUUCAACUUAUUUUAAAGUCUGAAUUCCUUUCAGACAUGUGGCAUCUCAUUUAUUCUCUUCUUUUCCAGUGUUUGUUGGACUUCAAGCAGAAUGUCUUACAAAAUGUCCUAGAACCAGAUUAUAAUUUAAUCUGAAACAGCUGAGGGAAGAUCUAAGUAGGUAGAAAGGCAGGGCAGCCAAAGAACAGAUCAGGAAAAUGGAGGGGGAAUGCUUUGAUGUUUUUUUUGUGUGUGUGCAUGUGUGGUUUUUGGUGCAGUUUUGUGUUUUGUUUUUGUUUUGCUUUUUAAUAACUCAAACAGCAUCUACAUGUAAAGUGUUGUGAAGAGGUGAGACCAGGGCAAAGUCCAGAGCCGGGAUCAGCGCCAUUAGGCCAGCCAGCCUGAGGAGUCAGGCAAAGGUCUCCAGGUUAGGCCUGUCCUGAAUCACAGCACCCCCCCAUGUCAGCUGGCCACUCAAAGGCCAGGCUCGAAGGUGUCAGACUGCCUCGAGGUGUGGCCUUACAUGGAGACCUGCUUCCAGGGCAGGCCAACUAUUGGCCACCACAAGGCCUUCUGAGUCAUGGGUCCCUAACAUGUUUCUUUAUCUGGAACAUCUCACAGAAUACUUAGUCGCCUCAGGGGGCCAGGUAGUUGUAACGUGUGAGUCCUGAUGAGAGAACGGUCUGAGGCUAUCCUCAGCCUCUAGAAUAGCUGCUCUAGAGAGCUGCCUACUUUUUCAUGGAAAAUUAGGAGAGUACCUAAUGUCAAAAGCAUGACGUGCAUGACAUGCACUCUGGGGCUCUGUUCUCUCUAGAGCCCCAGAGCCUGUUACCUUGUACCAAAGCUAGAAAAGAGCUUUAUCACAAGCCUUCACUGUCCUGGCAUGAGAAUGGACUGCCAGGCUCUCUCUACCCCAUUAACUGUGAAUGAAUCUGAGGUUGGUCUUUUUUAUGGCAUCCUCUGCAGUACAAUGACUGCUGAGACACUUUUUUUAAAGAAAUCAAGUUCGUAUCUCCUGUUAAUGGGAGAGUUGGGCACACACGUGUACUGUAAGGCAGACAUGUUUGUUUUGGUAUUCAUUUUUAGCUUUGUGUGUGUGUCACUCGCCCACCCUGAGGAGAAGACAUCAUGGCUCACUACUCAGGACAGGUAUGCCCCAUCUCAGGGUGUGAUUUCAGGUGGCUCCAAACUUGGAUGUAGUUUAAGGAUGGCAGGGACAGAACUGGCUAAUAAAUCCCAAUUAGAGAUUAGGGAGCAUUUGAGUUUCUUGGAAAAGACCUCCAAGAAUAAGUAGCUAGAAAGCAAGUCCUCUGUUCCAUGCUGGUGCCAAGGACUGGUGAGAGGAAAUAAAAAUGUUACCCUUUCUCCCUAAAGCAAAGAGACAGUUCUGACAGUUCUAAACUCCCAUUUUUCUCUUUCUUGCUGUAUUUGGGAAAUAUCGUAUGAUUAGGCAUAUUUUAUAAGGAAAAAUAAAAGCAAAAUUUUUGUAGAAAUGCAAUCACUGAUAAAGAGGUACGAUAAAGCCAGCCUCUCCUCGAGCCUGGGGAGGCAGGGUGCAACAAGAAAAAAGUGAAGUUCUUGUGUAAUUGUGUCUGCCAAGCAAGAUCUUAAAGCAGAUGCCCAAGUAACUGAUAAGACUAUAUUUGAUCUGAAUCUUAACUGAGUAAUGUUUUAUGCAAUUUGAAUGAGUGGAAUAUUUUCCUCUUGUUUAGCUUUAUUUUUACGUAUUUCUCUUUGAUGUAUGAUUGGGUAUGAGGCCUCUGCCACACUCCAGAAAUCCUUGUGCGGCUGCUUUUAAAAACUGUGUGUCUGGUCACUUAUCUCUCUAAAAUUAUCUUAUUGCCUGGCAAUCAAUCAGUCUUCUCUUGUAUACUUGUCCUAGCACAUUAUGUACACGGGAAAUGUAAACAGAUGUGAAAGAGGACCAGAAAAAUUAGUUAACAUUUUUUAAAAAAUGUAUUGUACAUUUUGGCUUCACAUGUUUAACUUUUUUUAAGAAAAAAGUUGCAUGAAUGAAAAAAAUCUGUAUACAGUAUCUGUAAAACUGUCUUACUGUCUCAAUUUCUUGCUCAUACCCCAUACAGACUAGAAUUAAAUAUGGUGCAUGGCCAUAUUCAAACACCGAAGAGUCUAGCAGUUCAUACUUUGGUUUGAAGCACCUCACCCUUUCUUUCAAAGCGAACACUAUCAUUGCAUUCUUACUGAGGAUUUUAUCUAACCGUACGUUGCCAUGAAUGAACUCUGCCGCCUUUCUUCCCAAGGAUCAAAACCAGUUUGAUUUGGGAAUCUUCCCCUUUCCAAAUGAAAUAGAGACGCAGUACUUACUUUCCUUGGUGUUUGUAGAUAUUGCCUUGUGUAUUCCAUUUAAAACCGUAAUCUAGUUUGUAAAAGAGAUGGUGACGCAUGUAAAUAAAGCAUCAGUGACACGC